AUGUCCGGUGGCGCCCCCCUGCCGCCAUCGCAGAUGGACCUGCAGAAGGUGACCGAGGUGCAGUUCGAGGUCUUCAAGGAGAAGCAGAUCAAGGACUACGCGGUGUGCCUCGUCGAGCAGGCCAAGUCCUACGAGCGCGGGCAACCGGUGCGUGGCGGCAUCAAUGAUCUUCGCAUGGGCACCACUGACUUUGAGUUCGCCUGCGAGACGUGCCACCGCAAGCACCCCGAGUGCCCCGGCCACUUUGGCUACAUCGAUCUCGCUGAGCCUGUCUUCAACAUCGGGGUGUUCGACCUCGUGCUGCAGUUGCUCAAGUGCGUGUGCAAGUCGUGUGGCGCGCUUCUGAUGAACACCAGCGACCCACAGGUGCACAAGAAGCUGCAGUACCUCACCGGUGUAAACCGCCUCCGCCAGGUGGUGAAGAUGUGCGGCAUGAAGUGCCGCAUGUCGACGGACGCCGCCACGCCGGAGGAGGCGGCAGUGGCGCGUGGCUGCGGCGCCACGCAGCCGCGUAUUGGCCGCUUCAUCGGCAUCUACCCGACGCUUAUUAUUAAAGCGACGCUGGAGGAGCAGGACAUGGUGUGGCACGCCGACACAGCGCGGCAGGUGCUCGACCGCAUCUCCGACGAGGAUGCGCGGCUGAUGGGCUUCGACCCGCUGCGCUGCCACCCGCGCGACCUCGUGCUGACGGUGCUGCCGGUGCCGCCGCCGCAGGUGCGGCCCGCCAUCGCAUUUGGCAGCCUCAAGUCCGACGACGAGCUGACGCACCAGAUCAUGUCCAUCGUGAAGCGCAACAACCAGCUGCGCAAGGACAAGGAGUCGGAUGUGCAGGCCGCGAUUGACCGCAGCCGCGCACUGCUGCAGGAGCAUGUCGCCACCUACUUCAACAAUGCCUCCACGUACUACAAGCCGACCAAGGUGAACGACACAAAGAAGCUCAAGUCGCUGACGGAGCGGCUGAAGGGAAAGUACGGCCGCCUGCGUGGGAACCUUAUGGGCAAACGCGUGGAUUUCUCUGCUCGCACCGUCAUUACGGGCGACCCAAACAUCGAUGUGGAUGAGGUCGGUGUGCCCUUCUCCAUCGCCAUGACGCUCACCUUCCCGGAGCGCGUCAAUGCGGUUAACAAGAAGCGGCUUACGGAGUUCGCACGCCGGCCAGUGUACCCGUCGGCGAACUACAUCCACCACCCCAACGGCACCACCACCAAGCUCGCCCUGCGGCGUGAUCGUUCGAAGGUGACACUCAACAUUGGCGACGUCGUGGAGCGGCACAUUAUUAACGGCGACGUGGUGCUCUUCAAUCGCCAGCCAACGCUGCAUCGCAUGAGUAUGAUGGGGCACCGUGUACGUGUUCUCAACUACAAUACCUUCCGUCUUAACUUGUCCUGCACAACGCCGUACAACGCCGACUUUGACGGGGAUGAGAUGAACUUACACGUGCCGCAGAGUCUCCUCACAAAGGCCGAGUUGAUUGAGAUGAUGAUGGUGCCCAAGAACUUUGUGUCACCCAACAAAUCCGCCCCGUGUAUGGGCAUUGUGCAGGACAGUCUCCUCGGAAGCUACCGCCUCACCGACAAGGACACCUUCCUCGACAAGUACUUCGUGCAAAGCGUGGCGCUGUGGCUGGAUCUGUGGCAGCUGCCGGUGCCAGCGGUGCUGAAGCCGCGUCCGCUGUGGACCGGCAAGCAAGUCUUCUCUCUCAUCCUACCAGAGGUGAAUCACCCGGCGACGCCGCAUGAUAAACCGCCGUUCCCACACAACGACUCGGCAAUCAUGAUUCGUCGCGGGCAGCUGCUGUGCGGCCCCAUCACGAAGGGCAUCGUUGGCGCCGCACCGGGCUCGCUCAUUCACGUCAUCUUCAACGAGCGCGGCUCUGAUGAGGUGGCGCGGUUCAUCAACGGUGUGCAGCGUAUCACGACUUUCUUCCUCAUCAACUUCGGUUUUAGUGUCGGGGUGCAGGACACAGUCGCCGACGCGGACACGCUGCGGCAGAUGAACGAGGUGCUGGUGAAGACGCGUGAGAAUGUCGAGAAGAUCGGUGCGGCGGCGAACAACCGCACCCUCAACCGCAAGGCCGGCAUGACUCUGCUGCAGUCCUUCGAGGCGGACGUGAACAGCGCGUUGAACAAGUGCCGCGAAGAGGCCGCGAAGAAGGCGCUGAGUAACGUGCGCCGCACCAACAGCUUUAAGGUGAUGAUUGAGGCGGGCAGCAANGGCACCGACCUCAACAUCUGCCAGAUCGCCGUCUUUGUGGGGCAGCAGAACGUCGCAGGCAGUCGCAUCCCCUUCGGCUUCCGCCGUCGCACACUGCCGCACUUCAUGCUUGAUGAUUACGGCGAGACGUCGCGUGGCAUGGCGAACCGUGGCUACGUGGAGGGGCUGAAGCCGCACGAGUUCUUCUUCCACACCAUGGCCGGGCGUGAGGGGCUCAUUGACACGGCCGUCAAGACGUCCGACACCGGCUACCUGCAGCGCAAACUCAUCAAGGCACUCGAGGACGUGCACGCGGCCUACGACGGCACCGUGCGAAACGCCAACCAGGAGCUCAUUCAGCUCAUGUACGGCGAGGACGGCCUCGACGGUGCGCGUAUUGAGGGCGGGCAAAUGUUCCCGCUGCCGUUCCGCGACAACAAGGAGAUGGAGAAUGCCUACAAGUACGAGUACGACGAGAAAGGUGUCUUCAAUGAGCAGGUUGGAGGCACGUACAUGGACCCGCACGUCAAGAAGAUGCUGCGCGCUGACCCGGAGAAUGUGCGGAAGCUGCAGAGCGAGUUCGAUCAGCUCGUGACGGACCGCAACUGGGCGCGCAAGAUGCUCGACUUGGAAGAGCGUGAGAAGCUGAAACUGAACCUGCCGGUCAACAUUGGACGCCUUAUUCAAAACGCACGCAGUACAAUGGGUAAGCGCAGCCAGGUAUCCAACCUCAGCCCCAUCACUAUCAUUGACCACGUGCGGAAGUUGCAGGACGACAUGCUUAAGCUGUUCCCGUGCUAUCACAGGGAUAUGGAUGCGCGUAUCACCAACGCGCUGAGCCGCCAUCGCAUUGAGAGUGCCCUCACCCUCUUCAGCGUCCAUCUGCGACAGAUGCUUGCGUCGAAGCGGGUGCUGCGGGAGUAUAAGCUUAACGACAAGGCCUUCGAGUACCUGCUGAAGGAGAUACGAACUAAAUACCAGCAGUCCCUCGUCUCCCCUGGUGAGAAUAUUGGGGCGAUUGCGGCACAGUCCUGCGGUGAGCCGGCGACGCAGAUGACGCUCAACACCUUCCACAAUGCCGGCAUUUCAUCCAAGAACGUCACGCUUGGUGUGCCGAGGCUGCUGGAGCUGCUCAACGUGUCACGGCACCAGAAGCACGCGAGCAUGAACGUUGCCCUGUACCCUCCCUGGGAUAAGAAGCGCACAGCGCAGCAGGCGCAGCACCUCAUCGAGUACUGCACGCUGGAGAGCGUCACGAAGCGCAUUCAGUUCAUCUACGACCCCGACCCGCGCGAGACGGUCGUCGCGGCGGACCGCGCGAUUCUCGAGCUCGAGUGGAGCGUCAUGGACGAGAGCGACGAGCGGGCGCGGCUGCAAGAGGUGGAGAACGGCUCGCCGUGGGUGGUGCGGCUCGAGCUUGAUGCCGACAUGUUCGUCGACAAGGCCCUCAACAUGAAGGACGUGAAGCAGGCCAUCAUGCGUGUCGACGACGGCUACGUCAUUGAGACCGGCAUGGCGAACGACACGAAGGAGCGCACCAUUCGCAUGCGGGCGAAGAAGAACUACGGUGCCGACUCGAUUCCGCAGCUGAAGCGUGUCAUUCCUGAGCUGCUCGCGCGCGUGCACCUGCGCGGCAUCCCGGGCGUGCGCAAGGCGCUGCUCAAGGACACCACAACCUUCACGGUGGACCCGGAAACAGGGAAGAUGACGGGCGAGAAGACGUGGCUGAUCGACACCGACGGCACAGCACUGCGCCGGGCCUUCAUCGGUGUCGUGGACGAGAAGGGCACGAACAUCAUCAACGCCACGCGGACGAGCAGCAACAAGGUGCCGGAGGUGUGCAGCCUGCUCGGCAUUGAGGCGGCGCGCUACAAGAUGCUCCACGAGCUGCGCGAGGCCUACCUCGCCUACGGACUCAACAUUAAUUACCGCCACUACACCAUUCUGGUGGACACGAUAUGUCAGCGUGGCUACCUCAUGGCCGUCUCGCGCGUCGGCAUUAACCGCUCCGAGACGUCCGGCCCGCUCAUGCGCUGCUCCUUCGAGGAGACGGUGAAGGUGCUGAUGGGUGCCGCCGCGUUUGGUGAGCGCGACCCGGUGCGCGGCGUUUCGGCAAAUCUCGUGCUCGGCAACCAGGCGCGUGUGGGCACCGGCCUCUUCGACCUCGUGCUGAACAUGGCCGCGCUGCAGCAGGCGGUGCCGCAGGAGGACGCCGUCGCCCCGGGCAAGGACGUGAACGUGUACCACGGCCUCGCAUCGACGCAUAACAUCCCGUCAUCGAUGCCGUACCGCGCGAAGGAUCACGAGGCGACGCCGUUCGUGAACGACGCGAGUGUCUUCUUCCGCGACGCCGUCGGCGGCGGCUCAUCGGCGGCGCCGUUCACCAUGUCGACGCUCUACGGCGGCAUGCAUGAGGCAAGCGCCGUGCACUUCAGCCAGGCGUACCCCGCGAGUGGUGUUGCUGCUGACUACCGCGGCAGGGCAACGAGCGCAUCGCAGCCGUACAGCGUCCUCUCGUCGGCGAGUGUGUACAACCCAGCGUCGAUGCAGGUACCCUCCGCGGUGGCCGCCAGCGCCGACUACAGCGAGGCGUCCUCCUUCCACCUGCAGUCCAGCAUGGCGAUGCCGUCUGUGCAGUCCUCGCCACACUACGACGGGCAGCACCAGCAGCAGCAGCCUGGAUUAUCCGAUGCCCGGUUUGGUGGUCUCUCGCCUGCGUACGUGCCGUCGGUGAUGUCGAGUGUUGCAGUGCAGCCGUACCAAGGCAGCGGCGACGACGACUCCGCGUCGCAGUCCGCGUUGUAUGUGCCGACACUGUCGCCCGUCUACUCUGCCUACACCGCACGCCAGUCGGUGGCGGCAUCGCGCCCCAGCACCUCUCACGCAGACCGCCGCCACCACCACCAGCAGCAGCAGCAGGAUGACUCAGCGAGUUACGUGCCAGCGUCGCCGGGGUCGCACAUGAUGCCGCCGUCAGCCGGUGACUUCUCGCCGACGGAGGAGGAGGAAGAGCGCUGA